AUGGGCUUAACCCCUUUGUGUCUUAAACUUAACGGUAAGCGCGCUUUUGAAGAAAGUACAUACUUACCAAGCAUGAAUAAUUAUACUGCUAUGCCACGAGUGUGUAAGGAGUUCACGGUCACGGUUAGCUUUAAGCAUGAGUCCAAAACAUUAAUUAAAAAGGACGACGAAGACUUACAAUGUGCAGCUCCUUUCCGCAGCUACUUGUCGCAGAGCAUGGGUCCGGUUAUACCCUGCAGUCGAAACCUAUAA